AGAUAUGCUUCUCAGCGCCUUUUCCAUCUUGGUCGUAGUUCUUCCACUCCACACAAACAGCCAAAGCUUGGCACAAACCUCCUACGCUUUGGAUGUCGACACUCUCACCACUCAGUCUGCGUUUAUGUGCAUGAGAAUCAACAAGUAUCAAGUGGUGUUUAUAAGAGGUUAUUCACCCGAUGGAAAUGGUGGAUACGACAUAAAUGUUGCCGAAAAUGUACGAAACGCAUUUAACGCUGGUCUUGGCACGUGUCGGGAUAUCAUUUCACCAUAUCUUAUGCCUCGUCAUGCUUCCACUGUUUACUGGACACGCCACCCCGCCUACGACACAGUUGCUGUUGUACGAGUAUAA